AUGAUGGAUUAUUAUCAGCUUGUUGGGUCAUCUUCUUGCCAGGAUUGUCUCCAAAUUCUCGAGGCUGAUAUAGAGCAUGCAAAUAUGCUGGCAGCUUCAGUUCCGAUAGGCCAGGGUGGUGCAUGUCUUCACAAGGAAUUGGUCUACAAUACCUUGGCAACUCUGUUUUGGUUUUUGCUCCAAUGGAUGGACUGCUCAUGUACAUGUUUACUUCCAAGUUAUUUGAACCUCUUCCACAUAGUUGUAAACAAGGUGUGCCGUGGUGGUAAGAUGAUGUUUACUUCACAUGGAAGGAAAGCAACUAUUACAGAAUUCUACAGUGUCAUAUUACCAUCUCUUUAG